AUGCUACUGCAGUGGUGCACGCUUGAGCCUACUGGCCCCGAUUCUUUGGCCGCAAUUCGUUUCUCCAAGGCUGUACGCAUCCAGUCCAUAAGAAUAUUUCCAACCGAUGCGCAGCCAUUUGCUCAGAACCCUGAAAUCAGAAGUCGUACAGCGCCUGAGACUUUCUUUCUGAACAUAUACUUCAAUGCCAUGCACACACAUGAGAAGGAGAGACUGAAAGCAACUAAUGCCCUGGUACCAACAAUGAUUGCCUAUACGGGUGGGCAAGUCGAUUUCUCAGUCAACAUGGGCUCAGAGUUCGCCACGCGUUUGAUGAUAGUCAGAGGAAGCUUUCAAAGCGUGUCAAUGGCAAUAUAUGGCGACUUUGCGUCGGAAACUACAACUUUUCCCGAAUUAUACAAGCCUCUCCCUUUACCUUCCUUCGAGCCUCCCGCGCUUUCUAGCGCUCUGGAUCCUGCGAACACGUUGGACCCUACACAACUUGCGAUGCAACUACUGAGCCUCAUCCCGGACGCGCCUCCGUUGCCCCUUGUGAUACGCCUUAUGUUCUGCUUGAAGCCACGUGAGGAAGACUGGGAUCUUCCAGAUUUUCCAUACUUGCAUCCUGCGCUUGACGGCGAUUCGAUCGGAUUUGACUUGGACAAAGCGUGCCGAUUGAGUAGCCAAGCUAUGGCUGACAACAUCUCCGAAGAGUCAUUGAUCCACUUUGCCCAACACGUUACACAAGCAGUUGAUCCAAAGAAAGACGAUCACGCGUAUUUAGUUGCAGAAAUUUUGAGUAAUGCAGCUUCCCAGCAUCAGGAUAUGGCAAAACGUCUAUUGCAGAAAUUGGACUUGACUACCAUUUUUGAAGGACCGAAGUUACGCAAGCCCACACUACGUAGGCUCCUCUAUGCCACCACGAACGCUGAUAUUGCGCGACAUCUGAACAAUGACUGGUUCUUGGAGACGGUUGAUUCAAUUGCAAAAAAUUCCCAAAUAGAUCUCGAGACGCGACUAGCGGCAAACAAACUCGUUGCAAGGAUCCAAGGAUGGGAAACUCUUGAAGAUGCCCUCGUGAAUACUCAGGGUGAUUUCUCCAAUGCUUCCAAGAUGAUUGCCGAAGUGGGCCGGGACGAAGAAUCGUUGGGUGUGUGGCUAGAGUCGAUGGUCACACACCACGACAUUAUGGCUAAUAUGAGCGAAAUCCCUGUCCUCUCUAAUUCUCUGCCCCUUCCACGGCUACUUCUCCAGUCAAACUCGUCAACUUCCCAUGACGAAUUCACGAAGUUUCUGCGCGCAUUCAUUGGCGUAUCCUGCGUUUUGGCCGUAUAUGCAUGGACAGACAGUCUCCCCCACGAACGAUGUCGUGAGAAGACGCUGGGAAUUCUAAGACUAUGGCAGAGUGUUGAUGGUUACCGAGAGAUUGUCGAUCAUUUGCUACUUCUGCGGCAGAUGACGUUCCGCCUUGGGUGUAUGAUGGAUAACGAAGUGCCGACGCGCUCUGGGGAUGACGCUGAACACAUCCUCGUCAAUCUGAGCAAAACUCCUCGAACCUUUCUCUCACUCAAUCUCGCCGAUUGCAUCCUAUCUCUCAAAUCGCCUCACUCGUUCAUCACAGAUGAGGAGCUCAUGUUCAUGCAGCAGGCUGCGACCAUCGCUAAGAAUGGUUUGCUUGGAGCUGUCGAUGAGCUCGUGCGACCGAUCGGAUCUCCAGUGACUUCAUCGAGCUUGCGGAAUCUUCGAGUGGCGUUAGCCAUUGUUGAGCAAGACCUCCAGGAUCGGAGAGAGUGGGUCGUCCUCGGAGAUUUCUGGGAGGAGGGCGCUUGCAGCAUGGUGAUCCGUCUGGUGGAGGUGUUUCUGCUAACGACGGAAGAGAUCGAAUCACACUUUUCGCUGAAGCCUCUGACUUUCAAGUCGCAGGACCUGAUGAGCCAGCUGUUCCUACUGUCAAACGAACUGCUUCGUCUUCUUCACCCGCUCAUUCCUGCUUAUCCGCUCCCUAGCCGGGUCAUUCGCUCGCUCACGAUAAAGAUUGCUGAUCUGUUCACCUGCACGGAUGCAGCAGAGUCGCUGUACAGGGAGUCUAGCCCUGCUUGUGUCGCUGCACAGAUGGCAAGACAGUCUUGCAUCGACAUCAUUUGCGUGCUUGCUGACACCUCUUUGGAGGGAGGCAAGCUCGGGCUUGAAAUGGUCUUGCGAAGCCUUCUUCAGCACGGACUACGGAGUGAAGAACGUGAUCCUGCUCAUCAUCUACUCCAAGUCUUCUGGCUCAUUGACAUUCUUCUACCGCUGCCCGACUCUGAGAAAGGGCCUGUAUCCUCCAUGCAGCGUGUUGUGCCCAAUCUCUUACACGACCUCUGGGCGUUUUGCCGUGCUCUUGACACGGAUAGCAAGGCCCACUUCGUUAGGCGCCUCGUCGAUCUGGAUCGUGGCGUCAUUGGCAUUGGCGACUGGCUACUGCUAGAAGAGCUGAAGGAGAUCAUACAAGUUACGUAUUCCCUCGAAGACACCUCCCUCACUGCUUCUCAGCAGCUGGUGAAGCGGUACCGAAUUUCCUUGUCUUUGCGUUUCUUGCUUGAGCUCGUACGCACCUCUGGAGUGUCACGGUGGUGCAUAGAUUGCCUUACGACUGAGGACGAAGCAGUUCAUAUAUUCACGGCGUUCCUGACGUCGUUACUCGACCAACACUUCCUCUCCUCUCCGCUCACAGAGCUCGUCGCAAUUCUGACAUCGGAAUCAUCGCCCACUCAGCAUGAUUUAUGUAACGUUCUGGUCCUAGUACUACUCCGGUCAGCACGGAGUACAGAUAUUUCAACUGACAUGCGGAAUCGCCUUCUCCACCUCUCGUCCACCAUUCUCUCAUCAACCACUUUUGAAAUGGAGGAUGAGGAUCGACUUCGGUCGGAAUUUGGUGAACUUUUCGCCACGUUAAGCGAAGCAUCAUCAGCUUUGGAGGGCUCGACCGCGGAGACGUUGGUCUCGUUGAUGGAAUGGCUUUCAGCCGCAGCUGCCUCGGGCCUUCCAGAGCUCACUAAAUUGCGCGGCAUCAGUUCCUCCACACUUUCCAUGUUCUGCGAUCUCCUUCGCGAGGCGAUUCCUUCCGACUUGCAAGAUCGCUUGGCCAAUGCAAAAGAUAAGAUAUCCGUUGCGGAAGAAAUGACUUCCGUCACACCUCUGAUACCCCUCCCCGAGAGUCUCCAACUCUCGAUGCACGACCUGGAGGAUCUCCUCCGGUUAGAUGUCCCUACACCAUCUACCCCGCCGCGGAACGCCCUCAACCAGGAUGUUCUCGGCCUCGUCACGGUCUCCCCCAUCGCGCUCAUUCGCUCGCAAGCGUCGACCGGCCUGACGAAAACGUACGUUAACAACGACUUCAGACAGCUGCGACAGAUGCCCUCGGCGAGGCAGAACACAAGCAGGCUUCCGAGUAUGCAUGUGGACGAAUUCGAGAGCGCGUCGCCCACGUUAGUUUCCGUGCCGAUGCCUGCAGUGCCUGCAACAACGCCCUUCGCGGCGGAAGGCUUCCAGCAACUCGCGCCGCCUUUCGCUCCGCUCUAA